UCUUUAUCCCCCAACAUUUUAAAUCCGAAAUUCCACAAAUUAAAGUAAGAAAGAGAUCAAUGGGAAGGAACGGAGAAGAAUCAUCAGGAAAAGGGAAGGUGGUGUGCGUGACAGGAGCUUCUGGAUUCAUUGCUUCAUGGCUCGUCAAGCUUCUUCUUCUUCGUGGCUAUUCUGUCAGAGCCACUGUUCGUGAUCCAAAUGAUCCAAGCAAGACAGAGCACUUGCUGAAACUUGAAGGAGCAAAGGAGAGAUUGAAUCUGAUAAAAGCAAAUCUGUUGGAAGAAGGUUCCUUUGAUUCUGCUGUUGAGGGCUGUCAUGGUGUCUUCCACACUGCUUCCCCUGUUCUCCUUGGUGUCAAUGACCCUCAGACUGAACUUAUUGAGCCAGCAGUUAAGGGAACUUUGAAUGUUCUCAAAUCAUGCGCAAAGUCACCAUCAGUGAAGCGAGUCAUUUUAACAUCUUCCUUGGCUGCAGUUUUAUGUAAUGGAAAGCCUUUAAAUCCUGACGUUAUAGUUGAUGAGACAUGGUUUUCUGAUCCAGAUAUCUGCAAGGAAUAUGGGGAAUGGUCAGGGUAUGCUCUUUCCAAGACUUUGGCUGAAGAAGCUGCUUGGAAAUUCGCAAAAGAAAACAACAUCGACUUGGUUGCUCUCAAUCCAUCAAUGGUGAUAGGACCUCUCUUGCAACCGGCACUUAAUACAUCUGUUCAAGCAAUUUUAAUUCUAUUAAAUGGCGCAGAGACAUUUCCAAAUAGUAGUUUUGGAUGGAUCAAUGUGAAAGAUGUUGCAAAUGCCCACAUUCAAGCAUUUGAAAUUCCUUCAGCUAGCGGAUGAUUUUGUUUGGUUGAAUCAGUGAAGCAUUACUCAGAAAUCGUAAAGAUUUUGCAUGAAUUAUACCCAACAUUACAACUUCCUGACAAGUGUGAAGAUGAUAAACCCUUCAUGCCAACAUAUCAAAUGUCUAAGGAAAAGGCAAAAAUGUUGGGAAUUGAGUUCAUUCCAUUUGAAUCGAGUCUCAAAGAAAUGGUGGAAAGUUUCAAAGAAAAGAAAUUUGUUGACUUUUAAAUUGUGAUAUGUAUCCAAGCUAUAAUAUCUUUGUGGAGUGAUUACUAAUCACUAUAAUCAUAAUAAAUUUGUAUAAUAGAUUUCUACAGUAAUAACUAUAAGGAAAACAUGCUUAUUGUUUGAGAAUACAUUAUUAUUGUUUGGGAAUUUUUAAUGUUUUAAGAAAA